UCACUCCGCUUAAGUCUGGCAGAGGUGCUCAGCUUCUCUAGUCUCACCAGGACACUCAUCCAAAAGACAGCAUCACCCCUUUCAAGGUUUCUGCUCAUUCCGCUUCUCUCCGUGCAGUGAUGUUUUUUCUGCUUAUCACAGUGUCGUGUUCAUUCGUGGUGCAUGAUGCUGAGGCAUGGAGCGCCAGUGUGAAGUACGCGGUGAACUGCCCCGACAGAUGCACGGCGGAGCGGUGUGGUGGGACGCAGCGGUGCUCUCGGACGGUCCUGGAUGACUGCGGCUGUUGCCAGGUCUGUGCAGCCGGCAGAGGGGAGCACUGCUACCGCACAGUGUCGGGGAUGCACGGAGUGAAGUGCGGACCGGGAUUAUUCUGCGAGUUCUACAAGGAUGAAGACGACUAUGGAGACGAAUAUGGAAUUUGCAAAGACUGUCCCUAUGGAACCUAUGGGGUUGAGUGCCGUAAGACCUGCAACUGCAAGGGAGGCAUAUGUGACAGAGAGACCGGAGCUUGUCUCACCCUCACCUUCUUUGCCAAAAUCGCCAGCAAGCUUAAGAAUGAACCACAAGCAGGGACUGAGGUGGGCUCGGGAGAAGUGAACGCUGUGCAGAACACAGAUCAGAACACAAACAGAUCCACUGCUCCAAAGCGGCUCAACCCUCGCUGACAAGUGCUGACAAGACUGAAUCUAUUCAGUGUAAAUGUAGCAUUAACUUAUAAAUUAACUGAAAGAUAUAUUUUAUUAGAAUACGUCAGAUAACAAAUUUAAAAAAAAAGAAAG